AUGACAAAGGUCGCUUCUGUCUUUGGAGAGAUGAACCUAAUUCGACCGAUUAUCGGAAGCCCUAUCCAUGGCUCAGAUGGUCCGCGUCUGUCCGUACCGAUGCGAGAUAAUGUCGGCUAUAGACCUUUGACCGAUUCAAUCCCAAAGGUAAAGAAGCAAUUGCUGGCCAUAGCUAAUGAAAAGGAUGAAGACGACCAGGAGAGACUUAUGGAUUUCGUACGACAAUAUGGAGCAUAUAUCCAAAUGGCGGACGAUGAGAUGGACUUUGGCAUGGGGCUAGAAUUCGGGCACGAUCUAUUCCUUUGCAACGCUCCACGGCUAGACAAGGCUGCAUCAGUCAUCUUGGGAAAGGCUUAUGAAAUGUUGGGAAGAACUGAAUUCGCAUCGAUACUACGCGUCCAAUGCGAGGAACAAAAUCGUCGGAGAAAGAAGCAACCCGAAAUGAACAAUACCGUGAUUGAUCAGCUUAUUGAAAGCGCAUUGGGGGGUGAGUCGCGCGAAGGGCCGAUUGGCGAAACAAUUGAUGCCGUGAUAUCCGAAUAUGAUGAGGAAAUGAAAGACCAAAAGGCAUUUGACGGCAUUGAAACGGGCUUUGGCACUGCUGGCAACUCCACAGAUUCCGGAUUUUUGGAUAAAGAGAAUGCCCCCGGAAGCGCUAAGCGCAAAAGUUUAAACGACCAAUGUGGACGUCUCCGAAACUGGUUGUCCCGACAG